CCGGUGCCUUCAGCACCGCCCGCCCGGGCCGUGGCUGCCGCCGGCGGGACGGGACGCGGAGCCUGCCCGGUCGCACCAUGAGCAACCUCCCCGCCGACCGGGAGGGCGGCCCCGCCGACACCGGGCUGCCCGAGGAGGAGGUGAGGACACUCUUUGUCAGUGGGCUGCCUCUGGACAUCAAGCCCCGAGAACUCUACCUGCUCUUCAGGCCCUUUAAGGGCUACGAAGGGUCCCUCAUCAAACUCACCUCCAAGCAGCCCGUGGGCUUCGUCAGCUUCGACAGCCGCUCCGAGGCAGAGGCAGCCAAGAACGCCCUCAACGGCAUCCGCUUCGACCCCGAGAUCCCCCAGACGCUGCGGCUGGAGUUUGCCAAAGCCAACACCAAGAUGGCCAAGAGCAAACUGGUGGGGACCCCCAACCCCAGCACCCCCCUCCCCACUGCUGUACCUCAGUUCAUCACCCGUGAGCCCUAUGCGCUGGCUCCCUCCCUCCGAGGCUGGUUCUCCGGGCUGGAAGUCCCGUCAGUUCUGCUGAAUGCCGGGCUUGAAAAGAAAAGAAAAAAAAAACCAAAACCAAAACCAAACCUCACACAAGUUUGGAUUCCUCCAAGACUUUCCCACAGCCUCUAUCACACAUCUGCUCUCCUCGAAGAAAAACAAAAAGCAUACCUAGUAAUAAUAUUUUCCUCUUUUACACUGUAUAUUUGUAAGAAAGAGUGUGUUACUUCUGAAAGCAUGGUUUGGACAGGCAUCGCUGUAGCCUUUGAAAAGACUUUUCAAAACAGAACCAUAGGAAAGCAGACAAGAAAGAAAAAAAAGAAGAAAAAAGGCAUAAAAACGAGAGCAAGUAUUUUUGUUACCAAAACCUCCUAAAUAGGACAAUCUUACACUGGGUCGGACCACAGGUUUUUGUGCUUGAAAUGCUGCAUGUUAAGGGUUCACGUGUGUUGCAGACGUUGGGUGGGCAGGAAUUGUGCUCUGAGACUCCUGCAGACACCUCCAGUAUUACUCCUUUCUUCCCAGUUGUACCAAGUGACAACCAGGCAGGACAAUCAGAAACUUUCUUAUGGUGGUUGUUGUGUUGUUUUGUUUGUUUGUUUGUUUGUUUUUACCUUAGGGCUAUGUUAAUAGCUUGCUGUGCAAAGCUUCAGCAUGGCACAACCGUCAGGAUCAGGGAUGGGCAGGGACAGCCCGUGCAUGUAGCAAGGGUGACAAUUUGCCUCCUCCUCAUCCUCCUCCUCUCCUCCUCCUGCCACGGACUGCUUGAAGUUGUUUACACCGAGGCAACGUAAACUGCUGUAUGAGGAAAAAAAAAAAAAUUCCAAACAAAUAACAAACUCUCAGUUCAGCUUAGAACUGUACCCUGAGCAGGGGUUCUAGGGUCAAGGUUCUGCCAGUCCAGCAGCUCACUCUGGAGCAUUCCCAUCUUUCCAUGUGCAAAGACAAGAAAGGAGGCUGCUGCCACCCUUGGGGUGGUGUCUGUAACCUUUACAGAGAUUGCCUACCAGCUAAGAAGCCCUCUUGACAUACUCUCUUCCUCCUCUUUGCUCCAGGAGGAAUUUGGGGAAAACCAAAACCACCAAAAGAGCAAAACAAAGCAAAAAGAAAACCUCGAUCAGAUUUCAGUUUCUUGCAAAAGGAGGGGUGCAAAACUUCUUUUGUUGCCUUCCUGCUGCAGAGGACACCAGCUCAGAGCUGCCCAUGGACAGUUUCUCAGCUGCACUGAGGAGCACAGGGUGCCUGUGGCCUGCUUAAACAUCAGAACCUUCUCCUUCCUUCCUUCCUUCCUUCCUUCCUUCCUUUCAUUCUGUGGGCAGGCUGGGAUUCAGGCUGCUGGAGCUGGGGUGGGGCUGGGGGUGAGGGUGGUGUGAUAGGGAACUGUCCCAUUGGGGUCUUCUAUAAGGAAUGGGAUUGAUAAAGGUGAUGUGAGAAGAAAUCAAUCCCAAGACAGACCUCUGAGGGGCUCCAAAAGGAACCAUACCAGCGUUUCCAAGCGACAGACCAACUCUUUUAGCCAACUAUUUCCUGUACUUUGUCUUGUGGAGAGGAGAGAAGCUUCCAUGUUGUCUACUCCGCUUUUGGAAAUGUGUUUAAAGGUACUUUUCUAUUGUAAUUUUUUAAAAAAUAAAACCAGUGAUUAUU